UACUAGAUUGUAUUAUAAAAUAUAAAAAAUGGAAAUGCUGGAAGCUGCUUCUUUACUAUCACGUCCAGCGGAGGAGUUUGGCAAUGAUUCGUUGGUGGAAGAAAUGUGGGCCGUAAAGGCAAUGGAGCACGCAGAAGUACAUUUUAAUUUACUCGUCAGUGUACAUCCUUCGUGCAUACGGCUCACACCAUUUGAUGAUCAAAUUUAUCAAACAUUUCGACAAGAUUUUCCCGAUCUUAAAAUUGAUGUAUUAACAGAUGAUAUUCUUAAGUCGACUGAUGCAAAAAAUCGCUGGAGGCAAUUCUCACAAAAAUUCAGUAAAUUAGAAGAUUAUUCAUAUGGUACACUACUACGUGCAGAUGCAAAAGAUCGGUUUUGUCCAGAAAAUGCAUUAUUAGUUGUGCGCAUACAGUUCUUAGCCAUUGAAAUAGCACGAAAUCGUGAAGGACUGAAUGAUGUAGCGCACAAUACAUUUAAGCCAUCACCACGCGAUUCCAACGAAUCAUAACUGACUUUUAACUAAAACAUAGACAUUUGUACUCGGUUAAUAUCGAAAUUUUAUAUUAAGCUUAGACAUUUUUUACGAUAGCAAUAUAAAAAUCUUUUUUCAUAGAAAUUA